AUUCCUAUUUUGGCUUCCUAUCCUCCAGUUAGUAGAUGGGAAGGUGGGAGGAUGCAACUCCCAUCCUCUGGAGCUUGACCCGUUCAAAACAAGCAGCUGAGAGGUGCCUGACUGCACACGUAUACAUGCAAACAGUGAGGGAUGAUGGCUGUGUUUGCACUCUGCAGCUUAUUGCUCAGCUGGAGCAGGCUCUGUGUGGCCCUGCAGGUCCCAGACAGGCAGACCCACGGCCCCAUAGUGACAGGUCAGACUCUGUGUGACUCCUUCAUGCUCUUUUAUGCAGUAAAUUUACAUUUUUAUGUUGUUGUGGAGCUUUGUAAUCACUCUUCCACAAUCCAUCCCAACACGCCAUGCUUUGUGGACAACGUAUUUGCAGUGUUGCGAGAUGUUGGAAAUGGUGGAGAACUCACAAACAGCAGUUCAACUCUGUUUGGACUCUGCAUCACAGCUAAUAACUCAAUGGGCUCAGUGUUAUUAGAGCUUGCAGAAGAGAUAAGAAGGAACCAGAGAGGUGGACCAGAAGUUUUGUUCUCAACUGCAGCAAUGCUUGUGUCAGAGGGAGGUGAGCAAGGAGGGAUGGUGUUAACCUUUGACCUCCCGCAGUUAGCUUUGCUCAAAUUGAACCCCGUGCUGCUUCUGUCACUUGAAAGUCCCCUCAAAGGAGAAAACCUUGUUUUGACUUUCAGUGGUGAAUCCUUGGAGCCGAUCUCUCAGACUGCGUGCAUUUCAGGAGAAACCCAGUACGUCCUACUAACAGGAAAACCGCCAGAGGGCAAAGCUCAACAGAAAUUGAGGAUUUCUGUCGAGGCAACAACCCAUGAACAAAACCUAAAAGAUUCCCUUAGUGGUGGAAGAUUAGAAGGCAACAUCAGCAUGACUCUACUUCUGCUGUUCUCUGGAGAAACAGGAACUGAUACAAGACACGCGCAUGUUUCAGGUCCUUCCCCAGUCAGUUUGCAGACCUCAUUCCUCUGUGAGCUGAAGAGGUUCCUGGGAGUCAUCCUGCCUCAAGAAUCCUCCCAAUCACCCCUAGUCCAGCUGGACUCGUUGCGGUCUCUGCCUCCCCUUAUGCUCGGCUUGUCCUCCAGCGAGACUCUGCUGGCGGGGAUGAUCAACUCCUCAGCUCCCACCGUCUUCUCCUUCAACAGCUGGGGCUCCACGUUUCCAGUACAUCAGGAGCAGCUGGCCCUGUCUCCUCCACUGCUGGAGGAGCUCAGGCAGAGGUUGGAGGAGAUAGUGCCAGAGAUCAUGGAAAUGAUAAAGGAGGAAAAAUUGACUGACAAAGCUACAGAAAGGCUGAGGAGGCUCCAACGACUCAGUGUUUGGAAGGAGACGGAGUUGGCAGCAGGGGAGCAGCAGUAUUGUGCAUUUCUCCUGCUCAAAGCUCUGCAGACGGUGGCCCAUGCCUAUGACUUACAGAGGAGACUACGGGCGACCAGAGCGCAACCCAGCAACCCUGUGAUGGGCAACGUGUGUGGGCUGAGGAGCCUCACUGUGUCCUUUGAAAGAGUUCUGGUGGGUCCGAACACAGCAAACAUUAACAACUGCCACGGCUCCUGCGCUUUCCCUCUGACCAACGCGAACAACCACGCCGUCCAGCUGAACUAUCACAUUGAGAGCGGCCACACGGACGAGCGGGCGCCCUGCUGCGUGCCCGUGGCUUAUGAGGGCCUGGAGGUGAUGGAGCUGGACCAGCACGGGACCUACAUCUCCACAAAGCCAGAUGUGAUAGCAAAGGAGUGUGGGUGUCGCUAGCAACUCGUGCGAUUUACACUCACUGACAGCAGUGUUUUUAGCGUAUAGUAAAUGUGUCACUCAAUACUGUUUUAAUUAACCUUGUCUGAACACAUAAGCAGCACACUGCGAGAGAAAGUUUAUGAAUUCACAGAGGCCAAAGAAAAACUGCAUGUUUGCUCUGUCUUAUGUUACAGUGUUUCUCCCAUCACAGGAAUAUGUUUGAGGAGGCCAACGCUAUAAAUUCUAUAUUAAUAUAAUCAC